AGGCAAUAAAACCAGCGUGUCCAAACUGAACCUUUUCAGAUGAGCCACUCCCUGAAUGUCACACACGGAGGGAGAUCUCCGCCGCAGACAAAUCCACAGAAAGUGUCCCGAGGGUCGUAGAUCCUGUUAAUGUUCUAGGUGCCAUUGUAUCCACCAGCCAACAGAUACCUUCACCUCCUGCCAGAGUUUGUUUGCUGGAAAAAUUAAGAGGCAGUUUUGUUUUUUACAGCUAUGAGUUGGCUUAAGACAAAGAGUGCUAGAACCUUCUGCUGUCUUGUGUUGCUUGUUAUUAGCUUCACUUCCUUAUAUUUAAGACAUUUAGCGACCUUCAGCCCUGCCAAAAACCUGCCAGUGGCCAGUGAAGGAGAGAGACAGAUCAUCAAUUUAGCCAACACACUUAAGUUACGACAAUUAACGACCCUCGUCCCUGUGGACAACCCGCCAGUGGCCAGUAAAGGAGAACAGAGACAGAGCAUCAAUGUAGAUGACACGCUUAACUUUGGGGCCAGGCCACGGGUUGCUACACAUACGUCUUGGAAUGCUCCCAUCAUCUGGGAGGGGAUGUUCGACCCUAAUCUUUACGACCAGCAGCACAUCGAAAGAAAUUCAACUGUGGCCCUCACCGUGUUUGCUGUGGGAAGGUACCUUGACGCCUACCUCAAGACUUUCCUUACCACAGCAGAACAACACUUUAUGUUGGGGUUACAGGUGACAUAUUACGUUUUCACGGAUCAGCCAGAGAAGGUACCAAAUAUCGACCUUGGUCCUAAGCGGAGCCUGAAGGUGAUGUCGGUGGAAAAGCACUCCAGGUGGCAGGACAUCUCCAUGAUGCGAAUGAAAACGAUAUCAGAUACCAUUGAAUCAGAGAUUCGUCACCACUUCAGAUAUGUCUUCUGCUUUGAUGUGGAUCAAGUGUUUAAGGGAAGAUUUGGCUCAGAGGCUCUGGGGGAUUCUGUGGCUUUGCUACAUGCAUGGUUUUACAAACUUCCAAAGAACAGAUUCACCUACGACAGAAACCCCAAAUCCAAAGCCUUCAUGGAAACUGGAGAUUACUACUACCAUGCUGCUGUCUUUGGAGGCUUGUGGGAAAAUGUGAAGAAUUUGGCAGAUUUCUGCUUUCUGGGUAUCAUGGAGGACAAAGGAAACAACGUGGAGGCUCUGUGGCAUGAUGAGAGUCAUCUGAAUAAGUACUUUUGGCUUCACAAACCAAGCAGGCUGCUCUCCCCCGAAUACUGCUGGGACCAGAUUAUUGGUAAGAACACUGACAUACGUGUCCAGCGUCUAAUAUGGGCACCAAAACAAUAUAACAAACUCCGUACGCGGUAGAGUGGCUAAAAGAGCCAAAGUUUGACAAAUACAAGAUUGUUUACUGUAAGCUCUGUAUUGAGUUCUUACCUUUUCAGGGAUUUGUAGAAAUGUGUAUAUAGAAGCAUUUGGUGCUUUCUGUUUUGAAUGCUUAUUUCUGAGCAACACUGCUGUCGACCGCCAGUUUGGCAGUUACUGGAGAGAGAAAACCCAAAUCUGGUGAAAGACAGUGGAACCAGGGUGAAGAAUCGGAUCACUUAAACUUGAUCAGAUUACAUUACUGGAUUACAGGAGCAGCAGCUGCAGAGGCAAGGGAAAGCAAACUGACCAUGGUGUGUGAAGCUUCAGUGGGAAUGCAGCACACUUCAUUUGACAGUUCAAUUGAUGAAGACAUCAGCAGAAUGAAAAUAUCUUUGUAAACAUAUCUUUGUAAACAUAACAUAAGUGUAGCAAAUUUUCUCACAGUCUCUUACAGCGCUCGACAGUGCAAGCGUUUCACUCGCAUUUGUGACUAAAAAAAGGUGUGUGCAAACUGUAAAAAAUAUUUAGGGGCACAUGUGCACAUAAAAAAAAUCAGCCGAAGCAGCCUAUAUUUUUGUCAAUAAAAAAAUAUGAUAAUCUAACUGCAAAUGUUGGAGGAACUCCAGCCGCCUUCUCUCUUCCCUCUUCCCUGUGUGACACGGUUAUGGGCGGUUUUCCAAGCCACUGUCGACACAAUGAAUAUAAGUCCCACUGUCGGCAGGGUGGAAAUAAGUCAAAGUGUGGAGGAGGAGACGGACCGGGUUAAGCAGCGGACCUCCGGGGAAGCAUGCUCCGUUCUCCCCGCAGUUAGGGACCGUUCUCCACGGCCAGGCUGUCGGCUGGGUGGGAAUAAGUCAAAGUGUGGUGGAGACGAGGGACCGGGAAAAGCGGCGGACCUCCGGGGAAGUCUGCUCUGUUCUCCCCGUAGUUAGGGACUGUUCGCCACGGUACCACUGCUGGGCAGGGUGGAAAUAAGUCCUGCAGAGCUUCAGAGGACCUGGAGAAUGUUUUAGGAUAGUAAUCCUACAUUAUAUAAAAUAAUCAUAUUGCAAAGAUAAUAUAUGUAAGAUAAUAACAUUAAAGACAAAAUUAAAUUGCAAUACUUUUUCAAAACUUGAUGAUUUUACCUUUCUGUACAUUUUGUAUACAAAUUAAUUAAAUAAUUUUGCUUGUAAAUGUCUAUUUGCAUCACGGUUAUUACGGAAAACACAUUAUUUGAUCAAUUUACAUUGUGCCCCUAAAGUUCUUUGUGUGCUCCUUACUUUUUCAACUUAGAAGCACAUGUGCUCCUUGGGAAAAAAGUUAGCGUCAAGCCCUGUCUUAGUUUACAGGCUAUCAAUUAUUUAUUUUGUUAUUAUUAUCUGCGGUUGUUAAUGGCGUAAUAAUAACACCAUUAAAAUAUUUAUGGAAUAUUUAUAUUUAUUGUGCUAGCCAUAUGGGGAGAAAAGUCACAAAAAAAACCAUGAUUGACUUUAAAAUAAUCCAGAUUAUAUCUGAGAUAUCUGAUUAUAUCUGUUUAUUAUUGUUUUAUAUUUAUCUUACAUAAAGAACUUUGAUCAAUAGCAGCUGAAUGUCUUCAUCUGCUUGUCUAAUCAGCUGCUGCUUUUUUUUCCCUGUAGAUGAACUUGCUUAUACAAACUGCCUUACAGAACAGCAAUGAAGCAAUGACACGUACCAUAGACUCUUUACAUGCACAUGAAAGACCCAUUCAAGAGGUCCUGGUUAUAAUUAUAUUCGGGAUAUGGUGUUUACAUGAGCUCAGGGAAAUCGGGUUAUUCAUAUUCCCAGUAUACAUCGCAGAUUAUUUGGCUGUACUCCAGCUAACAUAUUUGGGUCUCUCAUAAAAUGAAUAUGGUUUUUACAUGUUCAAUCACAUUAAAGGGGAUACUCCAAACACCUGAUAACGGACUGGAUAUUCAUGUUCAUGUAUAAGCAUGAACUAGUGGAGUCUAUGGACCUUUGCAUUGCUGUUGUGUUGCUAGGGCAACAGCUUUGGUCCUCGUUCACUUCCUGUCAGAUAAUGUAUUAACAAACACUUGAAAAGGAAAUAAUGUUGUCUUGUUUAUGUUAAUCUUCAUGUUGUCAAGUUUAAGAUUAUAAGUCCUUCACCUACUAAACUAAAUUGUGUAUGUUAAAGAGUAAGUUACGGGUCAGUUCCAUGAGCUGUUUCACAUCUAAAAAAAGAAAUGUCUGUCAAAAACUAAAACAAAAAAAAAUAGUAUUAAAAUUAUUAUGAUUAUUAGUUUAGCUCAAGCUAAGCUGCACUACAAGUGGGCAAAAAUUCCAACGAAGAGUGCAAAAUUAUUGGUAAUUGUCAACAAAAUGCACUUUAAGUACAGACCUUUUUGGAUAAAAAAUAUGGCACUAUAUGCACUAUGAAAAGCUGUACCAUUUAAAAUUGCCUGUUUGGGUUCAUGUAAUAUGUAUUUCAAGGUGUUGCUGUUUACAGGCCCUCGAUAUUUAAUAACGGAAAUUUACACAAAUAUCCACUGUACCAUUUUUAUCACAGCUGACCAAACACUGCAGCACAGGAAAUUGUGUCUGGGAUUUACUAUCUAGAAAAGGCAGGUGUAAAGUCUGCGACACAAUAUGACUCACAGAAGGAGAGAGAGACUGAAGGAAACACUUACUGCACACACACACACACACACACACACACACACAGAGCCAAACCCUGAACUGCCAGCCUCUGAUCAUUUCCAAGUUCAUUGUGUCUGUGUGUUCAAAGUAUCCUUCUUUGAAAAUUGACAAUAAAUUGUUGAAAUGAUAUGUAAAUUCACAAUGUUGAUUUUAUUUGAUAGAUUAAAUUAAAUAAUGAGGUUUGAGGUAAUUGACCUCUUUAAAUUUUAAUGAAUGCUUCUGGUCUACAAGGUCCUCCACUUCCAUAGUCCAUUGCUUUUCACAUCAUGAUCACACACAAGGAGAAGGAGCACACACACAAACAAGCAGUAAAAAAUGUAUGCAAUUCAUUGUUUGCGCCUACAUUUCUUGUAAUUUUUUUCAUUUGGAAGUGCAUGUGCUCCUUGGGAUAAAAUUAUCACAGAGCCCUGUACCUAAAUAAGACUGACAUGAGUAAUGCAUGUCAAGAGCCCGUCUGCCUGGCUCACCCCUGGGUGGCCCACCUCACCACUCAGCAUGAACCACCCAGCAGCCACCUGUGUCAUUCAGCUGACCUCAGAUCAGCUUGGACCUGUCUGACUGAAAGCAGCGAUGCAUUAUUCAUAGACUGCCACCAUCUGGCACAUCAGUGCACCCUGCCACCUUACCACUCACCCUGUCAAAGACACACAAGCCAGAGAAGGGCAGUAUCAACAGAGCAGUCCUUGCCUUAGUGUGUGUAGUUCACAGGCCAAAUGGGGAGGCCUUUUGGUUUAAGAGUCUGUUAAUAUACAACAACAAUUUUCACAGGGUUAUAUAGCUGCCACUGAGUCUAUCGAAUGAGGAGGUUCCUGAGAAAAUGUGAGGUUGUGAGGGAACACUGUAUUGCAGUCUAAUGUAGUGUAUGCACCUUCACAAAUUAUGACACAGGACACCACGUUCUAAAGUAGAAAGUAAAAGACUUCCUGUAGUUCCUCCUAGUUUAUCGAGCAAAGAGUGAAUGCCAGAGAAGAAGAAGAAUCCCAGAAGUGCUGUUUAACCAUGUGCCACAUGAGGGUGCUAGUGUCAAGUCUGCCUGAGAUACACAACUGCCUUUGCACCAGACAAUACACCAAUGCAUAUGUUGUGCACAUGUACGAGUGUGGACAGUAUUGCAGCAAUGCAGGUUUUCUCAGUGCAAAUUUAAAGGCUAUAUUCCAUAGUGUCUGGAGUCACUGCUUUGCUGUCCUCUCUGGUUCAAGCUUGUUUCACCUACGACCAAAUGCAGCCUCUCUGAUGGGUGUCGCUGGGUGUAGUCAGAAGUGUGUUAGACCUGUAAGUUCACCCAACAGUAAUAUCACAAGAUCCCAGUGUCCACUGCUGCCAUCACUGCAGCAAGGGGAAGAGUUAAACCACUGGACGUCAGCAAAGACAAGAUUUCCAGGGGGUGUUAAGUGUGUCUUAAUUCACAAUUCUGUGUCAGACGCCAUGGGAUGGACUCAUAUGAUCUGAUUGUUAUGAAUAAAGAAU